AUGAUCGAAAAAUUGAACUCACCGUGCUCCAUUCCUCCUCACUCUCGCCGUAUCGACCCGACCCGGGCGCCCACAAUUAUUUUCAAACCAGAUGGCUCUGCCAACGACAACGACCGCGUAGAAAUCGGACCUACUCCGUUGGCGUUCGCAGAGUGGCAGCAUCUUGGCUUGCAGCCGCCCCACCUACCUACUAUGCGCGCGUUUCGUCUGAAGCGCAUAUGUGAUCAGUUGAACGACCGCGGCCUAGGUGGUAUCCUACUAUUUGAUCCCCUCAACAUUCGUUACGCCACCGACUCCACCAAUAUGCAAGUGUGGACCACACACAAUCCUGCCCGCGCCUGCUUUGUUGCAGCUAGCGGUUAUAUGGUCCUCUGGGAUUUCCAUGGCUGUGAGCAUCUUACUGCACAUCUACCACUAAUCAAAGAACUGCGAAGUGGCGCAUCGUUCUUCUACUUUGAAACAGCCGACCGUACCAGUGAACAUGCCACGCGCUUCUGCUUGCAAGUUGACAAAUUACUUCAAAAGCAUGCCGGUAAUAACCGUCGGCUAGCUGUGGACCGUAUUGAAGUCGCAGGCCUACGUGCCUUGGAAGCGCUGGGAGUGGAAGUUUGUGACGGGCAGACUGUCACUGAGCAUGCUCGGAAGAUUAAGGGUCCAGAUGAGAUCAGGGCUAUACGUUGCGCAGUCGCAUCUUGUGAAGCCGCGAUUGGCGAGAUGCGCCAGGCUAUGCGCGCCGGCGCCACAGAAAACGAUGUCUGGGCUGCUCUACACGCUGGCAACAUCCGCCGUGGUGGCGAAUGGAUUGAAACACGCAUACUUAGCUCCGGACCGCGCACCAACCCUUGGUAUCAGGAGUGCGGGCCGCGAGUAAUUCACGACGGAGACCUGGUAUCAUUCGAUACCGACCUCAUCGGUGUAUACGGGAUGUGCGUGGACAUGUCGCGCAGCUGGAUCUGCGGCGACCUCGAACCUACGGCAGAACAGAAACGUCUGUAUCGCAUAGCCCAUGAACAUAUAACCACCAACAUCGAGAUGGUCAAGCCCGGGGUACGCUUUACGGAGCUGACACGCAACGGUCACCGCCUGCCUGAAAGCUGUCGUCCUCAGCGCUAUGCUGUGAUGUUCCAUGGUGUAGGCUUGUGCGACGAGUACCCGAGCAUUCGCUACCCGGAAGACUUGGAAUCUUUUGGCUACGAAGGAGAGCUGCAACCGGGCAUGGUUUUAUCCGUCGAGGCCUAUGUCGGAGAAGUCGGCGGCAAGUGUGGUAUCAAGCUGGAGAACCAACUCCUCGUGACAGGGACCGGCUAUGAACUGUUAACUCACUAUCCAUUCGAAGCGAGCUUCCUGCGCGACUGA